AAAAAACCCAAACCCCAAAAAACCCCAAAACAAAACCAAAAAAAAAAACCCCAAACCACCACCAACAACCCAAACCCCCAAAAAAAAACAAAAACCCCCAAAAAAAAACCCGGGAAAAAACCCCAA